CCCCGUCUCAAUCCUCUCCCUCUUUCUCCCCUACAGCUCCAGGGCUCUCUUCUCCCGAGGUCUCGUCCCUCCUUUCUGCACGUGUGGUUAAGGCCCGUGAGUUCCCCAAUUUCGCCCGUCCACUUCAGUGUAGAGGGCGUUUCGGCUGCUUUAGCCGGUCUUACCAGGUCCCUUAAAGGCAACGCCUUCGACUCCCUUGAGCGCAAGAUGUCCGUCCCUGACGGCCGCGAUGAUUUGGCUUCUGCAGCCUUGCCAGCAGCAGAUCCGACUGAAGAGGAAUCCGUGGUCAAUCCUAUGGCCGCCAUAGCUGCCCGGCUGCGGCGACGCAAUGCAGACAAGAUGGUCGAAGACAGCGUGGAGUUAGUCGAAAAUCCUACCGCCAGCAAUCGCGCCACGGCGGCGACAAUGGCACUGGCUGGGCCCGACAUGCCCGAGCGCUCGGAGGUGGACACCCUCGUGAGCGAUGAAGAGGCCCAGUCCCAGGUCUAUCAACCCAUUCAGCUGUAUCGCUUGCACCCGGAUAUCAUGGAAUGGGUGUCCAGCGAGUUCUACCAUGGCACCUUACAACAUGCCCCGUUGACGCUGCAGAUCCACCCUGUCCAGAGAACGGUGUCCGAGUUUUUCCGCCAGCGCCUUGGUGCGGCGAAGAAUGAUCGCUGCCGGAUGGCGAUUGACGUUAGCGGCGACGGGGUCUCCUCGGAGAAGUACCUUGAGACCACUAGCUUCUGCAACGCACGGGAAGCUGAGAUGGUAGCCAACCUUACUAAAGCGCUCCUCGACUACGACCCACCCUACGGAGGCAAGAAGGUGCGUCCAUGGCACAUUGGCAUCAUGACUCCCUACAAGGGCCAGAAAGACUUGAUCAGGGAGAUGCUGCUGGAGCGGGGGCUCGAUGUCAAGGUCGCAACUACCUUCGGCAUGCAAAGCAACGAACUGUGCAUUGGGCUAGUCUCUCUCGUCGUCAACAGUCGCGAUAGCGCAGUUAAGGGCCUGUCCUUUAUCGCCGAUCCUUACGCGCUGCGCGUCCAGAACUCCCGGUCGAGAUGGUUCCAGAGUACCGUAGGGAACUUCGCGGGCUGGUGCUGGGCUAUGGACCUAAGCUAUACCUACGGGACAAAGGGCAAGUUUGCUCAUCAUCGUUUAGCUGCCUUCAGGUCCUUGGUUGCCAGCCAUUACGUCAAGGGCGACAUUGUCAGCUCCGUAGACAUAGAGCAGGCCAUCUUCGGCGACAAUCCCCGGGUUCCGACCUCGUCCGCCUUCUAUACUAAGAUGGCCAACCUUAUACUUGUCGCGUCGGUGACCAUAACUACAGUACCUGGCAACGACCCUGUGGACCCUGGGGACCAGAGGGUCCAAAAACGCAAGCGUGGGAACGAAGACAGCACGCGCCUCGAGAAACGGAAUCGGCACAUUGCGCAGUUGUUUGCACGUCACAAUCUGCGCUCUGAGCAGGAGUUGGAGCAGGUUUCUAAUGAUGGCAAGCUCGUCGACGACAAAGGGGCUCCCUACUCCAACCGGGCCAUCAAAGACAUGAGGCGACUUCUCAGGGCUCAAGAUGCCACGAAGGGCAAUUGCAAUUAGAGCGGCUGUUUGGUUGUGGUCGCUAAUUCUCAGUAGAGAAUAAGAACUCUGUAACUAAUAGCCACUAAGAUUGACCGCUAUACAAACUACCGCUUCCUUCUACGUCUGACUGAACACCCGCCUGUCCUUCUG